AUCAGACAGAAGGCCACAAACUUUUUUUUUCUUGGUUGAAGAUUCCUCAUAAUUAAGAUUUAUAGCUAGAGAAGAUGAACAACCCACAACUUUAUUCUGGUGAUCUCCGCCUCUAAAUAACAUAAAACCUCAAGAUCUAUGCACACCAGCUAGCUGAUAGGUUGAAGGAGUAGUAGCUCUCUCUUCCAUGGUACACAGAACUGUCUUGAAGGUCAAAAUUUCUUGCCAAAAAUGCAAACAGAAGGUCCUAACUGCAGUGUCAGGGGUAGAAGGGGUAGACAAGGUGGAGAUUGACGCAGGGAAGGGCGUCUUGUCGGUUACCGGAACUGCCGACCCUUACGAAGUGAUCACUCGUGUAAAGAGAACUGAGAGAUUAGUUGAAGUCGUGAGUGUUGGACCUCCACCCAAAUCCGAUGACAAGAAGCCUGAUCAGAAGGAGAAGGAAAAGGAAAAAACUACUAGUUUGCCCAAGGUUUGCGAGAGGUGCGGCCGAGCGUAUAUCCAUGUGGGCAAGGCUGAAGAGCCCAAUUUGACAUGCUCCGUCAUGUGACAUGCUGCAUGCAGUCAGCAGUUAUUUUGAUUUUUCUCUACAAGUUAUUACUCAAAUUCGUCUCUUCCUGCUGAGAUGUUUUUGAUGGUUCAGACCUGCUGCUAGGAGCUAGUGGCAGAAAUGGGUCAUGUUGCCGCGUGGCAAUACAUUGGGGGCCCAAGGACCCACCUUUUUCGUUCCACCUUCAAAAGGUUUUGUCACGUGGCAAAAUCAAACCCUCUUAUUUUGUGUUGUGGAAAAUUUACAAAUUAAAGAAUAAAAUAUAUUGGGAAAUUGCAAGAGGCCGUCUAUGCUUUGUUUGCUUGGUAAUAGUGAAGUUUUUAUAUACGUAGUACGUCUGUACUGUUGGGUAUGCUCACCCAACCAAGUCUUAAGUAAAUUAAACAACAAUUUGAUAAAUUAAAAGAUUAAGGUAAACAAUCUAUUCUCCAGAUGGG